GAGACGAAACAAGUCCCAGAACAGAACAGCAUUACAGCGGUGCUAUCCGAGCGCUUCGCGACCACCUAUGUAAUCUGCCGGAUAUCUGAGACUGUUUCAUUUGCAUCGAGGACGAGUGGAAAGACGGGGGGAUGGUGAGAUGGAAAAGGUAGGAGCUCAACAGCUUGAAAGGUCCAGUCCACGAACAAUCAGAAAAUGGCGGCGCAGGGCGCAGCGCGUCACACCAACACCACCGGGUCUCUCAGGCUCACACAUGUUCACAUGUUCACAAUGACAUACUAUGGAGAGCACAUGAUUGAUGAACCAAAGUACGACCGUGAGACAAUCAACAUUCGGAAAUCCUUCCCUUGAGAGUAGGCCGACGGUCGAGCCGCAACUUCACUCGUCCAUUAUUACACCCAAGGGGGCAGAGCAAAGCUAACCGGCCAAAUCUGAUCAUCGCUAUGGCGGGCUCAACAAGUGAGGCAGAGGCAGGUGCCUUCGUUCACUGGCUUCAAGGAGUCCGUGCAAUCGACCUCCUGGAUAAGGAAGUUCAUUCGAUCGAGGACAUAUGCGAUGGCACUGUACUGUUUGAUGCGCUGAAUCACGUCGACGGUGAACACUUUCGCAAUCCUCACGAGGACGAAUUGAAAGACAAUGUUGUACUGCGCAUCGGCACACUCAAACGGCUGUACAAGUUAAUGAUUCAAUACAUGGCCGAGAACUUGCAGUUCUCGACAGCUAAACUGGAGGAGCCGGAUUUCGAUGCGCUUGCCCGAAUCAAUGCCCCAUCUGAAGCUUGCAAACUCUGCCGACUGGCGCUGAUCAUCGCGGUUCAAAGCGAUAACAAGAUGAGCUACGUUGAGGUCAUUCAAGGCCUCGAUCAAGGUGACCAACAGCAGCUCAUGCAGAGUAUCGAAAUUACUAGAAAAAGCCUCGAACCAGUCAGCGCGGACGAAGACGGAGAUGAAUUUCUGGAUAUUCGAGCUCGGCAGCCUUCAGAAGAAUUAUCAGAUGUUGCGAAGUCGCCAUCUAAAGAAAGAAACAACCUCAGUCUCGAGUAUCGAAACCUGGUCGCUGAGCAUGAGGCCAGAGGAAACACGAUUGAAGAAUUGGAGGGCGAACUUGCUAAGCUGCAAUCCAAGAUGGGUGAGAUCACCGAACAGCUCGAAGCCGAGAAGAGGAAGAGCCUGCAUCAGGACCAGCGCACUGAAGUCACAAGACUGACGGAGGAGUUAAGAAAGUGCGAAGAUGCUCUGGCGAGCGCAGAAGGUGAGAUCGACAGGUUGCAAGUUGGGCUGCGGGAGCGGACUCGUGCGGUAAGUUUUUUUCUUGCCAGUCAGAAAGAACAAGCGUAUUUUUAUUCAUACUCUCCUUGCCUCCCUGACAGCUUGAGGAAGCGGGACAAAAGGCGAAAGAAUUCGACAGGGUGAAAGACCAGUUGGAUGAGUUCAAGCAUACAGUGGAUAAGCUCCAAAAGGCCGAGAGCGUUAUCGAAAAAUACAAGAAAAAACUUGAGGAGAG